GCGCGCCUGUCCUCGAACGGGCUUGAUAGAUCACGCGAAGGGCUGACCCGCAGAUUCCCCUUCAGAUGGCUCGUCCGAGGAGACCGACUCUCUGGCGUGGAUUACAUGGUUCACCACUCACAUCCCCGGCCACGACUAUUUCUGCGAGGUGCACGAGGACUUCAUCGAGGAUGAUUUCAACCUAACUGGUCUACAGUCCUUAGUUCCGUUCUGGAAGGAAGCACUGGAAAUGAUUCUUGACGUGGAGCCAGAGGAGGACUCGGCCAAAAUUCCAGACGUGUCCAUCGUCGAGUCGUCAGCCGAGUUGCUGUACGGACUGGUGCACCAGCGCUUCAUCCUUACCAAGCCAGGAUUGUCAAUGAUGUUGGAGAAGUAUGAGCAGGGUGACUUCGGCCUUUGCCCACGCGUGUACUGCCACUCCACACAUGUGCUGCCCUGCGGCAGGUCUGACAUGCCUGGCAUCGAUACGGUCAAGCUGUAUUGUCCAAACUGCGGCGACAUCUACAGCCCGCCGAGCAGCAAGUAUUCACAGGUUGACGGCGCCUUCUUUGGGACGUCCUUCGCGCCGCUCUUCUUCCAGACGUAUCCCGAGCUGCUGUCUGCGCCAUUCGCCCCAGUCGAGCAGCCACCGACGUCGUCGUCGACACCCAGCAACCGUUCAUCUCCGUCCAGAAUUGCCGAGUCGAUUGUUAACCCGAACGCCUAUGGCGGGCAGCGGGCCGCGCUGAACAAGGUCUACGCGCCGCGCAUAUUUGGCUUCAAGGUGUCGGAGCGCGCGCGCAGCGGACCGCGCAUGCGCUGGCUGCGCGAGCGGCCGGAGCGAUAUGACGAGCUCGAGGACGUCGACUGGAAGGGACGGUGGAAAAAGGGCAAGGGCGUGGUCGCCGACGACGAUGAAGGGGUCAAGGCUGAGGGCCGCAAUGGGCGUCUGUUUGACGAGGACGAUGAUGACGAUGAGGAAGAGGAGGAGGAGGAAGAGGAGAAUGCCGGCGCAGCGGCCCCGGUGGCUGGGCGAGUGCGUUAGUGUAUUGUAGCGGCAUGUCCCGUCUGACAUAGAUGCGUUGCUA